AUGAUGAAAGUUGGAACUUAUUUAAUUAAAAGAUUAAAGGAAUUAGGUAUCAAACAUGUAUUUGGAGUACCUGGUGAUUUCAAUAUGGACAUUUUGGAUUUUGUAGAAGAUGAAGAAGGAAUUGAAUGGAUUGGGGGAUGUAAUGAAUUGAAUAGUGGUUAUGCAGCUGAUGGUUAUGCAAGGAUUAAUAAAAUCUCCGCCUUGAUAACAACUUUUGGGGUAGGUGAACUUUCGGCAAUCAAUGCCAUCGCGGGUUCAUUCUCGGAAAUAGUUCCAGUUGUACAUAUAGUAGGGACCCCGUCCACCAAAUCUCAAUCCGAGGGGGCAAUAUUGCAUCAUACCCUUGGCAACGGCGAUUUUAAAAUUUACAAGAGAAUGUACGAAGAAAUUACGGUAGCCCAAACUUGUCUCAAUCAAAACAAUGCAAAAUACGAGAUUGAUCGAGUAUUGAGAGAAUGUUAUAUAAAAGCGAGACCAGUUUAUAUCUCCUUACCGUUUGAUGUUUGUCAUCAAGAAAUUGAUGUUGCCACAGAUCUCUCGGAGGAUCUUUUAAGUUUAUCCUUACCCAAAAAUCAUCAUGAUGUCGAAUAUGCUGCUAUAAACCAAAUAGUUGAAAUUAUCCGUAAAGCGAAUCGUGUAAUUGUUCUAGUCGAUGCUGGAACUUCCCGUUAUAAUGCUACUAAUGAACUAUUGGAAUUUGUUGAAAAAACUGGUCUUCCAUUUUUUACCUCGCCAAUGGGUAAGGGGAUUAUUUCUGAAGAUCAUCCGCAAUUUGGUGGAAUUUAUAUUGGAAAUGUAAGCGAAUCUCAUAUCAGAAGUGAAGUUGAAAAUGCUGAUUUAAUCAUUUCUGUCGGUGCGAUCAAGUCAGAUUACAACACGGGAGGAUUUUCUUACCAUGUAAAUCAAGCAAAAACCAUAGAAUUUGGACACGAAAAUGUGAAAGUUUUCUUUGCACGUUACGAAGAUCUUUCAUUGAAACAAAUCUUGCCUAAAAUCACGUCAUGCUUGGAAGAUUUGCAUUAUAAUCCACAAAUUCAACCCCCAUAUCAAUAUCGAUUACUUCCUGAACAAAUAGAAUCUAAACGGAUUGUUCAAAAUUGGUUUUGGAGAGAGAUUUCUUCAAAAUUUUUAAAACCAAAUGAUAUUAUUAUAGCAGAUACUGGUACUUCAAUGUUUGGAUUAAUGGACAUUAAGUUUCCUAAAGGUGCAACAUUUAUUAGUCAAAUCUUGUACGGAAGUAUCGGAUAUAGCGUCGGUGCUACUUUGGGCGCUGCUUUAGCUGCGAGAAAUAAUCAAAUGAAAAGACGCGUCAUUUUAUUCGUUGGAGAUGGAUCUUUGUAA